AUGACACUGCACAAGGCUUGUUACUACAAUGCUAGACACCGCCGUCUGUCCUGUACUAAAGCUGCGGUGCAGAACACCCCAAAGACUGAGGACCAACCGUCAAAAAGUCCAUUCGGGCACGUAGCUGUCAUUGGCGCCGGGCUUACAGGAGUCUCUACCGCUGCCCAUUGCAUUGCGCACAACUUCGACGUCACAUUAUACGACAAAAAUGAUUCCGUUGGCGGCAUUUGGUCGCAUGUGAAUUCCACUUCCGGACUGCAGAUCAACUCCCUCAUUUAUCGUUUCCAUCCUGGUGUCUUCUGGCGCGAAGGUUUCCCAAAGCGCGACGAGAUUCUGGAAGAAAUUACUCGGAUAUGGAAUGAAUAUGCCCUCGAGUCGCGUACCAGGCUCAAGGCUGAAGUUGUCAAAGUCGAACGCGCACCUGGCACCGGUCCCACCGGAGAAGAGUCCAAAUCUAAGGAUUCUCCCAGCCUUCCUCGACGUUCUAAAUGGCUCGUCUAUACACGAGGAAGAGAAGAACCAGAUGGCCCGUUUGACGCAGUCGUAUGCACGAUCGGAACAUGUGGUGAGCCGAUCCGCGUUCAUUUUGAUGGUAUGGAGGAAUUCGAAAACUCCGGGGGACGAAUCGCGCAUUCAAGCGAGCUCGACCAACUUGGCACUGAGGGAGACGGAUCUGGAGACAUGAAGGGAGACAAUGAUCGGAAAGACAGUAAAGCUGAUACCAAGAGUGUAUCUAGUGGAGAGGGUCCGGAUCUAGGCUCUCCGGACGUCCUGACUCAAGCGCAGCCAGAAGAAGGUGUGAGCUAUGCGGAUAAAGUCAAGGCUUCCACGGACUCCGUCAAUGAGAUUGAUGCAAACAACCACCGAAAUGGAAGAGCAGACUCGGACUCAAACAAAGGAAAGGGUAGAGAACAAGGACGUCCCAAACCUCUCAAUAUCAAAGGUAAAACUAUCGCCAUCGUUGGCUCAGGCGCUUCAGGUGUUGAAGCAGCCGAGUGGGCUGUUGAGAAGGGUGCAAAGAAAGUCUUCCUGCUUGCUAGAGAUGAUAAGUGGAUUAUUCCGCGAAAUGUCGUUUUUGACACGCUUCUCGCAAUGCAACCCUUCGGUCGGGAAAUGCCGCUUAGUUUCAUUGUUGAAGGACUUCUACGCAAAUUCCACUACAAAGACCUUGCCCCGGAUGUUGCUCCGCAGAACAGGGGUCUGUUCGCCGGUACUCCGGUCGUCAACGAUACUAUCCUCCACCACAUCCGUUCCGGACUGGUCGAAUAUGUUCGGUGUUCGACAGAACACCUCACGUCAAAGGGUGUUGUAUGCAAGUACCACGGGAGUGAGAGAACUGUGGAGUUUGACGCAGAUGUUGUGAUCCUUGCAACUGGCUUCAAACGUUCUAGUGAUGAGUUCUUGCCAAAGGAGCUGUUCCCUCCAGGAUACGAUCGCCCGAAUCUCUACCUGCAGACUUUCUGCACAGAAGACUGGUCGAUCUUGCUCACGAAUGCAUCGUACAUGAAUGCGAUCGGUACUGUUGGGCACUUCCAUAUUGGAAUCUAUACCCGCAUUCUGUUAACUUUCCUCCUGGACAAGAAUGCUAGACCGAAUCCACAUGAUAUGAAGCUCUGGGUGGACGUAUUGCGAUUCAUCAAACGCGGCGCACCGGGUGGAGCGCUUGGAUUCUUCACGUAUGCGGAGCUGACAUUCUGGUUCUUGUCAUUCCAUUUAUUCCGGCCUAGUCGAUUGAGGUGGAUAUUCUUUAUCAUGCAGGGUUGGGGAGUGACUGCUGAGGAUAGCGGCCGAUUGAAAGUUGAAUAAAACUCUUCCUGUGGCCUAUCUAGCGUUCUGUUAUCUUUCUAUGUGGGGACAAAAGUUCCCAUUUAUUAACAGGUCUGGCAAUUCGGAUAGAAUUUC